AUGUCGCAAACUAUGCUCCUCACGAAACGCCUCUCCGUGUUCCUCUCUCAAAAUACCACUCCCCAAUUGCAAACCCUCCUCCUCCUCUCCCCCACCGGGAAGCUCCUCUGCAGCGCCUCCCCCUCGCCCGCCUCCACCCUACGAACACAAGCCACGCUUGCCUGCUCCCUAUGGAAUCUCUACCACCCCUUCCACAGCAACACAUCUGCCCUCGUCGCCUCCGCCCUCCCUGCAUCCUCAUUAGACCCUGAAAGCCGCGAAUCAGAGCACGAUCUCAGCUGUAUAACAAUCCAGCUCGAGUUUGGCAUAAUGUGCAUCCGGGCUUUAUCCAGCGGCUUGUUGUUCGUGGCAGUCGGCCCCUCGAAUAUAUCUCCGUCGCAGUUCCCCAGCCAGCAUCUGAAUGUACCGCGGCAUAUCUUGUCGGGUAGUGGAUCGCCGCCUUCGUCGCCGGCGGCGCAUGAGGGGAACACGCAUGGGAGUCAGGUAUCGCUACAUGCGCAUGGAGAGGGCACGUUCAGUGGAGCGGGGAGUGAGGCGGGGAGUGUUGGGGCAGAGAGGAGUACGCAUGCGUCAAUCUGGAGCGUGAGGAGGCAGGCAGAGGAAGUGGGCCGGUUGUUGGAGGGACGAUUUGAGGGGUUUGUGUUGAGUAGUGGGGAAGGGAGGUGA